AUGGUCGCGCAUUUUGGCAUAGUGGGAGCAAUUACAGAACGCCACGAAACUGGAGCUGAUCUCCACGCCAAAGAUGGGGAUGGGAUGACACCGCUUCACUUGGCUUCUAUGAACGGCCAUGAUUUAGUCACGCAGAAGCUUCUUGAGAAUGGGGCAGACCCCAACACCUGGACUCACACUAGGUGGAGACCUCUUCACAAGGCUUCUGAACACGGCUACGAUGUGAUCGUGCAGCAGCUCCUCGCAGCUGGGGCGGAUAUCGACGCUAAGGAUUGGAAUGCGAUGACACCUCUUCAUACCGCUUCUGAACACGGCCACGAUGUGAUCGUGCAGCAGCUCCUCGCAGCUGGGGCUAGCGUUGACGCUAAGGAUUGGGCCAAUAUGACACCUCUUCAUACCGCUUCUAAACACAGCCAUGAUGUGAUCGUGCAGCAGCUCCUCGCAGCUGGGGCGGAUGUCAACACUAAGGAUUGGAAUGCGAUGACACCUCUUUAUACUUCUUCUGAAAGCGGCUAUGAUGUGAUCGUGCGGCAGCUCCUCGCAGCUGGGGCGGAUAUCGACGCUAAGGAUGGGAAUGCGAUGACACCUCUUCAUGCCGCUUCUGAACACGGCCACAAUGUGAUCGUGCAGAAGCUCCUCGCAGCUGGGGCGGAUGUAAACGCUAAGGAUAAGAAUGCGAUGACACCUCUUCAUACUGCUUCUGAACACCGCCAUGAUGUGAUCGUACAGAAGCUCCUUGCAGCUGGGGCGGAUGUCAACACUAGGGAUACAUGGAAAAGAACACCUCUUCAUGAGGCUUCUGGACAGGGCGACGAUGUGAUCGUGCAGCAGUUCCUAGCAGCUGGGGCGGAUAUCAACGCUAUGGAUGGGAAUGCGACGACACCUCUUCAUAUUGCUUCUCAACGCGGCCACGAUGUGGUCGUGCAGCAGCUCCUCGCAGCUGGGGCGGAUGUCAACACUAAGGAUACAUGGAAAAGAACACCUCUUCAUGAGGCUUCUGGACACGGCGAAGAUGUGAUCGUGCAGCAGCUCAUAGCAGCUGGGGCGGAUAUCAACGCUAAGGAUGGGGGUGCGACGACACCUCUUCAUAUUGCUUCUGAACGCGGCUAUGAUGUGAUCGUGCGGCAGCUCCUCGCAGCUGGGGCGGAUAUCAACGCUAAGGAUGGGAAUGCGAUGACACCUCUUCAUGCCGCUUCUGAACACGGCCACAAUGUGAUCGUGCAGAAGCUCCUCGCGGCUGGGGCGGAUAUCAACACUAAUGAUGACACCUCUUGA